AUGGACGGUAAGGGUGGAUUAAACUGUCUGGAAAACGAUCAGUCGGGGUGCUCGUCCCAGGAAGAUUCAAGUGAAAGAUCUUCUCCUCGUGCUAAUAUGAGGACGAGUAGUACUCACUAUUAUUCUGACAGAGAGGGUGAGAAGUAUGGUUUCGGGAAUGACAACUCUGAGCCCGUGGAUGAGGAUCGUUGCAUACAAGAGGGCGAACAUCAGCGAAUUAGAACACCUUCACUCUCUGAUGAUGACCGUUCUAUUGCCGCUGAAAUCCCAUGCCCCACGUUUACUAAUGGCCGUGGCGCCCGUGUAUAUUCUAAAGCAAGGAUUGUUCAGGACGAAAGUUUUGAGGAAAGAUGUGGUCCUCUUGUCAUGUGUCGCUAUAAUCCGACACACAUCGUUUAUGAAGUCGACAUCGAUUCACAUGAGAGAUCCUGCGAGGAUCGAGCUCUUUUAGAGCGAUACGGUGUCCGUUUCCAUAACUGA